CCCACCCCGUCCCGCCUGCCCGCCCCACCCCGUCCCGCCUGCCCGCCCCGGAAGUGCGCGCUGCCUCGGCUCGGCGGUGUGGAGCUGUCAUGGGUCGGGUGGUGAGCGUGGCCGCCUGUGCUCUCAACCAGUGGGCUCUGGAUUUUGAGGGCAACGCCGAGAGGAUCCUGCGAAGUAUUAGCAUCGCUAAGAGCAAAGGAGCUAGAUACAGGCUCGGUCCAGAGCUCGAAAUUUGUGGUUAUGGCUGUGCAGAUCACUACUAUGAGUCUGAUACACUCCUGCAUUCUUUUCAAGUGCUGGCAAAGCUUUUGGAGUCUCCAGCUACUCAGGAUAUUAUUUGUGAUGUGGGAAUGCCCCUUAUGCACAGAAAUGUUCGCUACAAUUGCCGAGUGAUAUUUCUAAAUAAAAAAAUUCUUUUAAUUAGACCGAAAUUAUCAUUGGCAAAUACAGGAAACUAUAGAGAACUUCGGUGGUUUACCCCAUGGAACAAAGCAAGGCAUGUAGAGGAGUAUCUUCUACCAAGGAUAAUUCAGGAAGUGACAGGACAGGACACCGUUCCUUUUGGGGAUGCGGUGCUAGCAACCAAAGAUACCUGUCUAGGGACUGAAAUAUGUGAAGAGCUCUGGGCACCAAACAGCCCUCAUAUUGAAAUGGGACUUGAUGGUGUGGAAAUUUUCACUAACUCUUCAGGGAGUCACCAUGUGCUGAGGAAGGCUCAUACACGCGUGGAUUUGGUGAAUUCAGCCACAGCAAAGAAUGGUGGAAUAUAUAUUUUGUCUAACCAGAAAGGUUGUGAUGGUGAUCGUCUGUAUUACGAUGGUUGUGCCAUGAUUUCUAUGAAUGGAGAAAUAGUUGCACAAGGAUCUCAAUUUUCACUCGACGAUGUGGAGGUGCUAGUUGCCACACUGGACUUGGAAGACGUUCGAAGUUACAGAGCAGAGAUUUCAUCUCGUAACUUGGCAGCAAGUAAAGUGAAUCCCUUUCCCAGGAUAAAAGUGAACUUUGCUCUGUCAUAUUCUGAUGAUCUAGCUGUACCUAUCUGUGUGCCAAUCCAGUGGAAGCAUCAUAGUCCUGAGGAGGAGAUCUGCCUUGGUCCUGCAUGUUGGCUCUGGGACUACUUAAGGCGCAGCAAACAGGCAGGUUUUCUUCUACCUCUUAGCGGUGGAAUUGACAGCUCUGCUACAGCUUGCAUAGUAUAUUCUAUGUGCCACCAGGUUUGCUUGGCAGUCAAGAACGGAAAUGCAGAGGUGCUAGCUGAUGCACGCAAGAUUGUGCAUGAUGAGACCUACAUCCCUGAGGAUCCUAGAGAAUUUUGCAAGCUUGUCUUUACCACUUGCUAUAUGGCCAGUGAGAACUCCUCCCAGGACACUCGCAACAGAGCUAAACUUCUGGCUGAGCAAAUAGGCAGCUAUCACAUCAACCUGAACAUUGAUGCGGCUGUGAAAGCUAUUGUGGGAAUUUUCAGCAUGGUGACAGGUCGAACUCCCUGUUUUUCUGUCUACGGAGGGAGCAGCAGAGAAAAUCUGGCACUGCAGAAUGUGCAGGCUAGAGUAAGAAUGGUCCUUGCCUACCUGUUUGCUCAGCUGACACUUUGGACUCGUGGGAUGCCAGGGGGGCUUCUGGUACUAGGAUCAGCAAAUGUGGAUGAAAGUCUUCGAGGUUACUUUACAAAGUAUGAUUGUUCAAGUGCUGAUAUCAAUCCCAUUGGUGGAAUCAGUAAGACUGAUUUGAAGAACUUCAUACAGUAUUGCAUUGAAAACUUCCAUCUCACAGCCCUCAGAAGUAUUAUGGCAGCUCCACCUACUGCAGAGCUAGAGCCCCUGGUGGAUGGACAAGUGUCUCAAACUGAUGAGGCAGAUAUGGGGAUGACAUAUGCAGAGCUCUCAAUCUAUGGUAAAUUAAGGAAGAUUGCAAAGGCUGGACCAUACAGUAUGUUCUAUAAGCUGAUUAAUUUGUGGAAGGAAAUUUGUACACCAAGAGAGGUGGCAUCAAAGGUUAAGCAUUUCUUCAGAAUGUAUUCAGUGAAUAGGCAUAAAAUGACCACCCUCACUCCUUCCUACCAUGCUGAAAACUACAGCCCGGAUGACAACCGAUUUGACCUGAGGCCUUUCCUUUAUAACACCACCUGGUCCUGGCAAUUUAGGUGUAUAGAUAACCAGGAACAUAAAACUGGACUUUCCAGAGGCAAGGAUACCAUCCUGAGCCAUCAUGUUGUUGCUGUUGGGCUGCCUUCCCUGAGUGUCCCAUCUAGAAGAAAAGGAAGGAAUAUCCGUAGCUGAAGAUACAGACUGAUUUGCUUUCUUGUUUAAUAUUGGUGAUUAAUUUGUCAGACAGCAUUCAAAUCUGGAGUGUGCUGUGAUGAUGAGGAGAGACAACCCAAACAAUUGUUGGAAUGAUCAUUGUGAGUGGUAUUUAUAAUCAAGCUCUUUUUUACUCCUCUUUGAUUUGUCUCUGCAAUACACUUCAGCCCUAGCCUAGCUAAAGAAUCAUUCAUUGAGAAUUUUCAUCAGCUACUUCAAUUAAUUGCCUUUAAUUGAAAAUACUUAAAAGUAGGGGACUCUUGUGAAAUCGUAUACAUGUGCGAAUGCUGAUUGAUUCUGGUUGUUUGGAAAUUAUUUUUGAGUAAUAUUCAACUGAAAGAAUAGAACUGAAAACAGGUCUGGCACGUGCUGUUCAGGGAGGGGAAAAUCAUUUUCCUUGGCAAUAAACUUCUCAUUUUGUAAUGGUAA